UUUGAUAGAACUCAGUGUUGAGUUCACCUGGUUCUGGGCUUUUCUCUGUGGACUUUUAGUUACUGUGCUAGUCUCAUUGUUCUCUAUGGAUCAUGCGCAUUUAUAAAUGAACCAUUUCAUUUAGAUUUUAUAGUGUAUUAGAAUAUAAGUCUUAGUAGCAACAUGGCUCGGGAGUUAAGAGCACUUACUGUACUUGCAGUAGACCCAGGAUCAGUUGCUAACACCCACAUGAUGGCUCACAGCUCUCUGUAAUCUUUGGUUAAGACAGUUACUGCUGUCAUCUAGCCUCCAGGGGUACCAGGGGUCUUCUUUGUUUCUAAAAGAGUUUUCUAAAAUGUAAAUAUAUCCAUGUCCUUCUUGCUCUUUAAAUCACAUUGGUCUCUGUUGAGAUAAAAAUUUAUGUUUGUAAGGCUUUUUAUAAUCCAUCUUUUGCUUGCUUAUCUAGUUACUUCUCUUUGUGCUCCCCCAGCAUAUUUCUGUGAAUUCAUGAACAUGAUGCACAUAAAUUGUUAGUAGUGCCAUAUUGACUUUAAACAAGGUUUUUUUGCCUUGUAAAGCUGAUUACUCCUGAAUUGCUUCUAAUUGGGUGACUAACUUAUGAGGGACCUCCACCCCAGCUUUUGCCUGUGAUGUUAUCAUUCAUACAUAAAACUACAUCUACUGUUUCCUUUUCUACUGUUCAUCCUAUAGGCUUUAACUUCCACACACGCCCACAAGUUUUCCCUCACCACAGGUUCUGAGUCAGGUUCCCUUCUCAUGUGCUGAUUCAGCAUUGCUUGCCACUGUCUUCACACUCAUCUUGCUCUAUACUGAUUAUUUACUUAGCUGUGUUUCUGUGUUAGCUCCUUCAAUUCUGUGAAUACAGGAAGUGUGCUUGGUAGAUAUUAAGUUAAGUAGUUAUUACUAAGAGUAGCAGUGAGACACAAGUUCAAACAUGCAUUUACAGUAGCUAUAAGGGGCCCCAAACCAAAACUGAGUGGAAUUUGCUCAAGUACAAUGAUUUAAAAGCAAAUCAUGUGUUGCCUUAGUUAUCCGUGGAUCUGUAAGUGGAGGCCAGAGCAAUCUGUGUGAGUCUUUAGGUCACCGUGGUGUGGUGCUGGUUCAAAGCUUGGGCUAAAAGCCAGAGAGGGCCACUAGCAGCCGUUCCUCCAAAGACAAAUAGGUUGGCACGAUCUAGAGGAAGAACUAUAGGUGACAAAGCCACAUUCACCUAGAAUUUCCAGUGACAGUUGGAACAGUCAAAUCAAGCUAGACUGUGUGAAAGAUGACAAACUGGAGAAGAACUUGCCUUCUGCAGGAGCAGAUCCCCAAGCACCAUUCAUCUCUCAGGUAGUCUGGACUCGGGGUCAGGUGCUCCUUACUAUUGCUGGGUAUGGGGUUACAGGAUGCACAGGCGGAAGAAGAAAUCAAGCAAGAGAUGAACACACUCCAGCAAAAGCUGAAUGAGCAGCAGAGUGUGCUUCAGAGGAUUGCUGCCCCUAACAUGAAGGCCAUGGAAAAGCUGGAAAGUGUCCGAGACAAGUUCCAGGAGACCUCAGAUGAAUUUGAGGCGGCACGAAAGCGAGCAAAGAAAGCCAAGCAGGCAUUUGAACAGAUAAAGAAGGAGCGCUUUGACCGAUUCAAUGCUUGUUUUGAGUCUGUGGCUACCAAUAUUGAUGAGAUCUACAAGGCUCUGUCCCGUAACAGCAGUGCCCAGGCAUUCUUGGGCCCCGAGAAUCCUGAAGAGCCCUAUUUGGAUGGUAUCAACUACAACUGUGUAGCUCCUGGCAAACGUUUCCGGCCUAUGGACAAUUUGUCAGGCGGGGAGAAGACAGUUGCCGCACUGGCCUUGCUUUUUGCCAUUCACAGCUACAAGCCAGCCCCCUUCUUUGUCCUGGAUGAGAUUGAUGCUGCCUUGGAUAACACCAACAUUGGCAAGGUGGCAAAUUACAUCAAGGAGCAGUCAACUUGCAACUUCCAGGCCAUUGUUAUCUCUCUCAAGGAGGAAUUCUACACCAAGGCUGAGAGCCUCAUUGGAGUCUAUCCUGAGCAAGGAGACUGUGUGAUCAGCAAAGUCCUGACCUUCGACCUCACCAAGUAUCCAGAUGCCAACCCCAACCCCAAUGAACAAUAGCAGGAAUUCUGUCUUCUUGUCUGGAUCCCUGAACUGCCCUUCUGUCCAUCUUCUCUCCUGGAUCUCAUCACCCACUAUCAUGGAUUGCCUGGCACCAUACCCCCUUAUGUUUGUGUGCAUGUGUGAUUGAUUGUGUGCAUGUUAAUUUGUUUGCAAAAAUAAAAUACUGGAGACUGGUUUUAAAGGA